AUUCGAUUUCUAUGAAAGUAUGAGCGCUAACAGUAGAGCAAAUUUGCGCUGCAGACUAUGUCUUUGCCUGUGCAAUACCCAGGAGUUGGUGGCAGUAGUGUUUGCUGAUCUGCACGGUCCGUUGCAAAGCUUCGCUCAGGAACUUCUUUCUCCGCAGGCUACCUCAGAAAGUACUCAAGUUUGUUGCAAUUGCUUUACGAUGUGGAAUAUGAUGCAGGAUUUUCUCAAUACCUGUCUAAAGGCGAAUGAAGUACUUGCUGUGAACGAACAAAUGGCCCUUCGAAAGUCCUGGGUUGCAAGCGACGAUGAAAAGGAUGCGUGUAUUUCAGUCUGCCGAGUGGUGAAACGACACUACUACGGUAUGGAAAAGCUGUUGUCUACUCUGAAACCUCCAGUGUUCCUUUCAAAUUCGAAUUCAAAAACUCAAAUUUCAAAUCAGAAGAAAACUAUCAAUGUUAAGGAACCAGGAAAUUCAAAAACUCAAAUUUCAAAUCAGAAGCAAACUAUCAAAGUUAAGGAACCAGCUUUUCGUUCUGGCACUUCACUACGGACGUAUUCCAAGUGUAAUGCUUCGAAUAAUAUAGAAAAAGAUGCAAAGGUUGCUAGAUCCAGAAAUAUACCUAGUUCUAUUAAACAAGAACCAAUUGAAAUUGAUGAUUCCGAUGCAUUUAUGAUGGUUAAAAAAGAACCUGCUGAAUCAUCGCCGUCACAAUUUUACGAAAUUGAAUUUAUUGAUGAUGAUGCUAUUACACUUAAAGAGACAAAACUGGAACCUGUUGAGUCGCUGGACAGCAAUGUUGACGAAGGUGAAGAUUACGAAGCGGACAGUAGUGUAUCGUUAGAUAGAGAAAGCUUGAACACGGUUUGCCAGGUAUGUGGGAAAACAACUAAAGACAUGGCUAUUCACCUGGCAUCGCACAGUGAGAAACUAACAAUUUCCGACGAGAAAAACGUUUCGAAGAAUACAUCAAAAAUUGUCGAUCAUAAUGAAUAUAAUACAUCGCCCCGAAAGCGACUGCGACAAUCGCUAGCUCGUACAGUUGAUGGUACUAGCACUACGGGGAAGAAUAAAUUAUCCGCGGGUACAAGAUUGUCCUGUGAGGUUUGCGGUAUUGUCUUAUCCAAUAUAUUGGUGGCAAGGAUACACGCUAGAUCACACAUUUCCGACCGUCCUUUCAAAAAGGAAGCCCUGUUUGAGAGUGGCUAAACCGUAAUUUUUAUUGGGUCGUCCCUGAGUA